AUGCAAGAGGGAUACAGCUAUCAUGCCAGAUGUUACAAAUGCUAUGUUUGUAGCGAAACAAAUUUAAAAGACGCGGACAUAUUCAAAGGUGUUAUAUUCUGUUCGGGCUGUUCCAACCGCAUAUUCCAAGGGUGCUCGACCGCGCGUCGUGGCCGCACGCGUCGCUCGCGUCGCCCGGAGUACAAAGAAUAUAAAAGGAGGGAGAAGCGACACUGUGACAAGGGGUACAAUAAGUACGCCAACCGCGUACUCGAACUGGCCUGGUUGACUGGCACCGACAGCCAGGCAGACAAAUCUGGUCACUCUAAGGAAUACCUGACGAGCAUAGCACCAUCCACGGUAGCAACAGCACUUACGAAUCACCCGUUGCAAAUGCAAAAACCUUUCCAAGUGCCGAAAUAUAGCGCAGAGAUGGGAACAACAACGACCGUUACAAAGGAAUUACUGAAACGUAUUCAUUCCCCUAUUGACAGUAUAAAUAAUAAUAUUCGUAUUGUAGAGCUCGGAGCAUCUACGGAAAUAGCUCACGUGGCUUUGAGGAAGCCAUCUGAGGUCCCGGUCGUCAUUAAAUCUGAGAUCAGUUUAAAGUGGACGCACAGCUUCUCUAACUUGACGCCGGAAUCAAAUAUUUCCGGUGAAGGCGAUUCGAAACCAUCGAAUCAUUCUGCGUGUUCGUCCAAUUUGACGAAUAGCGGGCGUUGCGUAGACUGUGCCAUUGGGAGACUGCUAACGUUCCCAUAUCAUAGUUUCAAAAGAAACAUUUUGGAUCGGAGCUCUCUCAUCAGCACUAUUAUGAGCACUAGUGAUUCUGAAGGCAUGUUAAAAAAAUUCAGGAUACUUUUCCAACACGAAAUCACCGAGCACCAGCGUCGGGGUUUAAGAAAGCUGUUUUCUACAAUAAACCGCAGAAAGGAACCAUACAAACUUGGGUGGCUUGAUGUGAUGAAACAAAUUCCAGAAGAUGAUAGGUUACCUGGUUUCCCAAAACGAGAGAGGAGGCUGGUUUUUAUAUUUAAAUUAUUAUCUACUUUAUAUUCAAUUAAAUUUCAAUAUAUCUAUACUAAUAUUAUAAUGACGUAAAGUUCGUAGUGAUGUAGGGG